UUCAUAGAUGGAACGCUAUUACCGCGCGUAUCCUUGGAAAUGAGCUAAAGCACAACCGAUCAUCCCUCGCCUAAUAUUAAAUGCAUUUUAACCACUAGUACUCGAGAUCACUGUGUGCCCUGCGCGCAUUAUAUUUUUAUACACGCUCGUUUUCUUGGAGAAUAUUAUCCUAUAGUUACAGAGAAUAAACAAUCAAGAUAUAAACAUGUGUUAGUGAAUCAAGACUGCCAUUUGAGAGUGUCUUGGAUACAUGUACGGAGUUUAUAUACCGGGUUGCGAUGUGUUUAUUGAUGGAUAUUUGAGAUCGAUUUGUACAUACAUUUUUGGUUUAUUUUUUUUUGUGAUUAAGAAUUCAUUAAGCAAAUAUGAGUAAGGAAUUAUUGGACUCACCUACGAGCAUCGAAAUCGAUGAUUUUCAAGAAAAGGACACACGUGAACCGAAUCUAUUUGAUAAAACGAUUGGUUAUAUAGAGGACUUAUUGAUGGAUGAGCAAUUUCAAUCGCUUCAACAGAAUUUCCUAGACAAAUAUUGGAGAGAGUUCGAGCCAGUUGAAGAAAAUAAAUUGAUAUACACUGAUGUGUUCAAUGAAUAUAAUAAGAUCAUUGAAAGUUACAUCACCGUUAGAUUGGAAAAAUCAAUUCCAAAUUUCUCCAUGGAAGGUUUCAUCAGCGAAUUAAAUAAGAGAAGAUCCGAGUUGGAUGGAGAAGUUUUUGAUGUUCUUUUAACUUUCACAGAUUUCUUAGCCUUCAAAGAACUUAUUUUAGAUUACAGGGCUGUGCAAGAGGGAAAAGUUUUUGAUUUAAGUGAUGGAAUUAUAGUAAAACCUUUGAAUUUGAAAAAUUGAAUCUGUUUAUAUUCUUUAAAAAUAAUAAAAUACUAUUCAAAGAAUUCAUUCAUGAGAGUACUGAAAAUUAUACAGAUGUCUUGUUGUACGUUUAAAAAUAAAACGUUAUUUCAAUGAUUUUA